AUGGCUUCGGUUGAUACUGUACAAGUCCGGCAGUCAAGCCAAUUGAAUCCAGUUUCCAAUUCUGCCAACACACAAAACCCCGUCUUUACCCAUUCUGUCCAUGUCUCUGGCUACGAGGCUACAGAGCUUCCCAACGACGGCAGCUCAGUCUUUUACAUGUCCAAGGGCCACUCAACUACUGAUUGGAGUUUUACGCCUUCUGCAUCAAUCGUCGCCGAAGUCACCACCGUCACUGUUUCGCCUCUGCCUGCACACCCAACUCAAGAGAAAGGGCCCUUUACCAAUACAACCGCGGGCCACAUCCCCUUCUCCAGUCCUUCAGCCGGCUGGAACUCGACAACCAAGGAACCCAUUGCAAUUGAUCCAACCGGUACCAAUCCGACCUCCGUCAUCCCCGGAUCGACACUGUCACCGUCCGCAUCGGAGCCAAUCUACUCUACAAACAUCAUCAGUGUCGCAGCAGUCACUACAGAAUUUAUCUCUCCAACUGAUUAUUCUGCCCCAGCAAUCACUCAGCCUCCCUCAGCUGCCGACUAUGGACUUAUCCCUGCCAAUGACUUUGACACACCCGUCAAGGCACUUGGCAAUGGAAACUUGGAGAAGCGACAGACUUGUGUUCUGAUCUAUGCCACCAUUGGAGGUCAGCUAGCAUCAUGGUGCAACAACUGGUCUGGUCAAACGGUAUUAACAUACACACACUGGGACACAACUGUGACCCCGUCUGCUCCACUUCAAAUCGACCCAACCUCGUCAGGUCCCGUUUAUCCAAUCCCAACUGCAGGAUGUGGAGAGUAUGGGCCUUUCCGCAUAGAUUUCGACGACCUUCCCGUUUUCUCUACGACUGAUAAUGCAACGACCGAUUUCCCACCCAUCUGGAACCCCUAUCACCACUUUUAUUGGGGAGCUGGCUGGUCGUUUGUUCCUCCACCCAAAGAUCCUUUUCCACCUCAUUCAGGAAGUCGACUGGCUCAAUUUGUCCAAUCCUCCAAAUUUAAUAAUACUGGCUCACCGAACGCUGGUCUGGUUGAGCCAAGUGCCUUUGGAUGUGGUCCUCGCAACUACAACAAUAACUACUGGUUCAAUGCUCGUUCAGCUUGGGUUGGCUGUGACAACAAUGCUACAUCCGCCGGCAUUACUUGUGAUUUUGUUGCCACAGGCUAUCAGUGGGACAAUGUUACACGAACCGAGAAGGUGGUAGUGACUCAACACUUUACCGUCCCUCCAUGCCCUGAUUUCAAUAAUUGCCGGUUGAGGCCCAUCAACUUCAACUACCAGUUUUAUCAGCUCAGCAGAUUGAGCUUUUAUGCCAAUGUCAAGGGCCAGAUCAAGAGCUUUUGGGUGGAUGAUCUCGGAUUGAGUUGGUUCAACAAUACCUGCGAAGCUGGUCUAGCACGUAUUGGUUCUCGAAAGACAUGA